CAGCAAGGGAGUAGAAGGGGAGUGUGAAUAGGAGGGGAACGAGGAGGAGAUAAGGGGGUAUCGGUGACAUCACCUUACCGCUUCGAACACGGCUAGCUGUGGUUUCUCGUUGUGGGACUGAAUAGCAGAAUAGCAACCAGCACAGUCGUGGGAUUUUAAACAAUAUUCACUCCAAGACCCCGGCUUCCUGGAUCUGUGGAAAUUCCCAUUUCUACAAAGGAAUAUUGCUGAUUUACAUAUUUUCGCUGGAAGAUGUGAGGGCAUGUAGUUAUAUAUUUGCACGAUAGAAACAAAAAGGAACAUUAAUCGAAAAGGAGAGCAGAGAGCCAAGUGGAAGACUUGACAUUUGUGGAAUACAGAUAAGUGAAGUUUACACCACGCAUAGAGGAAUCACUCAACUCACUGGAGCAGAAAUACAAUAUUAAAUAUGAGGUAUAUGCAAUCUGACUGAAGAAUAUAGAGAAAAGGAAGACAUGAAGCUAAAGGGUUUCUGAGCACAACAGUGAGAGGACGAAGAGGUUCUGCGUGAAGCCCCCAUCUGCCCCUCUCCCCCCGCCCUCGCCCAACCGUGGGGCCUCAGCUGUCCAGCCAGGUCAAAGGUCAUUUUCGAGCAUGCGGUCCACCCUCCACCUCCCUUGCCUUCUAGUGCCUCUGGUGGCCCUACUAGUGCUGCUUCCAGGCUGCAAUGCCUUGUCUGCCCCUCGAUUCACAAAGAUCCCCGUCGACCAGAUAGGCGUGUCCGGGGGCGUGGUCUCCUUCAUGUGUCAGGCCACGGGUGACCCCAAGCCUCGAGUGACCUGGAACAAGAAAGGGAAGAAGGUCAACUCGCAGCGCAUCGAGACAAUCGAGUUUGACGAGGGUGCCGGAGCAGUGUUGCGCAUCCAGCCACUGCGGGCACCGCGAGACGAAAACAUCUACGAGUGCGUGGCCAACAACAGCGAGGGCGAGGUCACCGUCACUGCCAAGCUGUCCAUCAUCCGAGAGGACCUGCUACCAAUGGGCUUCCCGAACAUUGAUAUGAGCCCUCAGCUAAAGGUGGUGGAGCGCACACGCACGGCUACCAUGCUCUGCGUCGCCAGCGGCAACCCUGACCCCGAAAUAACCUGGUUCAAGGACUUCCUGCCCAUUGAUCCCAGUGCAAGUAAUGGGCGAAUAAAACAGCUGCGAUCAGGUGCCUUGCAGAUAGAGAAUGCAGAAGAGACAGACCAGGGGAAGUACGAGUGCGUCGCUUCAAACGUGGAAGGCGUCCGCUACUCUGCUCCUGCCAACCUAUAUGUGCGAGAGCUUCGAGAAGUCCGCCGCGUGCCCCCCCGCUUCUCUAUCAUGCCCACUAGCCACGAGAUCAUGCCAGGGGGCAGCGUCAACAUCACGUGCGUGGCGGUGGGCUCCCCCAUGCCUUACGUCAAGUGGAUGCUCAACGCCGAAGACCUGACGCCCGAGGACGAGAUGCCGGUGGGCCGCAACGUCCUGGAGCUCAGCGGCGUCCACGAGUCGGCCAACUACACCUGCGUGGCCAUAAGCAGCCUGGGCAUCAUCGAGGCCGUGGCGCAGAUCAUCGUCAAGUCCCUGCCAAAGCCCCCAGGGACUCCCGUUGUGACUGAAACAACGCCCACCAGUGUUACGAUCACCUGGGACUCUGGUAACCCGGAUCCCGUCUCCUACUAUAUCAUCCAGUACCGUGCCAAGUCCCCCGACAGCAAGUUUGAGACGGUGGAUGGGAUCACCACCACCCGAUACAGCAUCGGUGGCCUGUACCCCAACACCGAGUACGAGAUCCGAGUGUCGGCCUUCAACACCAUCGGCCAGGGUCCGCCUAGCAACCCUGUGGAGGCACGUACCGGGGAGCAGGCCCCUGCCAGUCCGCCCCGAAACAUCCAGGCUCGCAUCAUCUCCCAGAACACUGUGAUGAUACGGUGGGAGGAGCCCGAGGAGCCCAACGGACAGAUCAAAGGGUACCGGGUCUACUACACCGUGGAUCCCAGCCAGCCCAUGAGCGCGUGGCAGAUCCACAACGUGCAGGACAGCGUGAUCACCACGGUGCAGAGCCUCACGCCCUCCAAGACCUACACCAUCCGCGUGCUGGCCUUCACUUCUGUGGGCGAUGGACCCUUCUCUGACGCCAUCCAGGUUAAAGUACUACUGGGAGUUCCUGGACAGCCUGCAAAGUUCCAGGUGGGUAAGGUAUCGGACACUAGCAUCGAGCUGACCUGGGAACCCGCCUACGACAAGGAGGGCAUCGUUAGCUACGAGCUGCUCUACAAAGAGGGCAAGUUCGGCAGCCAGAUGAAGAAGACAUUUGGCCCCAGUUCUUCCUAUACUGUGGAGGGCCUACGAGCAAAUACAGAGUACUCCUUUUCCCUAGCCGCUGUCUCCAACAGGGGCAUCGGUGCCUUCACCAGUGAAGUUGUCCAGAAAACCUCACAAGCCAGGCCAUCUGCCCCGCCUCAAGACGUCAAGUGCGCCAGCCCCAGCCCCAGCUCCACCUCCUUGCUGGUAAGUUGGCACCCCCCGCCUGCAGAGAGCCAAAAUGGUGCCCUGGCGGGGUACGUGGUGCAUUACCAGGUGGCGGGGGAGGAGGAUGGAGCUGAAGCCAUGGAGAAGCCUGCUGUGCCCCCCACAUCGGGCGAGGUCCUGCUGCAGGAGCUGGAGAAGUGGACCCAGUACCGAGUCACCGUGGCCGCCUUCACCUCCAAAGGCCCCGGCCCGGAGAGCCAGCCCAUUCUCUGCCGCACCGACGAAGACGUACCUGGAGCGCCCCCCCGCCGAGUGGAGGUGGAAGUUUUAAACUCCACGGCGAUCCAAGUGUCAUGGCGCUCCCUGUUGCCAGAGCGACAGCACGGCCAGAUCCGCGGCUACCAGGUGCACUACGUGCGCGUGGAGAACGGGGAGUCGCGGGGCCUGCCCCGAAUCAAGGACGUCAUGCUCGCCGACGCUCAGUGGGAAAUGGAUGACACUGCUGAAUAUGAGAUGAUCAUUGGGGGCCUGCAGCCUGAGACUACCUACUCCAUCACCGUGGCAGCGUACACCACCAAAGGAGAUGGUGCUCGCAGCAAGCCUAAACUGGUGGUGACAAGGGGAGCAGUCCCAGGUCCGCCGUCCCUGUCGGUCACCCGGGAGAUGGGGACGGUCGCGGUGGUGCGGUGGCGGCCCCCCGAGGCCAGCGGCCCGGGCCUGGAGGUGCAGGGGUACCGGCUGCAGUUCGGGCGCAAGGACGUGACCCCCCUGGCCACGCUGGAGUUCACCGCCCAGGAGCAGGAGUACACCGUCAGCAACGUGCACAGGGGCGCCACCUACGUCUUCAAGAUCUCGGCCAAGAGCCGCUCGGGCUUCGGGGAGGAGGCGCGGCAGGAGCUGACCGUCCCCGAGGAGGCGCCCAAGGGCUACCCGCAGCUGUCGGAGGGCUCCAACGCCACCUGCUGCUCGCUGCAGCUCUCCUGGCAGCCGCCCAUGCUGGCGGAGCGCAACGGCGCCAUCACGGAGUACACGCUGGCGUACAAGGAGGCGGGCAGCGCCGCCAGCCCCCGCGAACUGACUCUCCCGGCCGGCGAGUCCGGCUACGCGCUCAGCGGACUCAGCCCCGACUCCGCGUACGAAGUGAAAAUUCGCGCGCGCACCAGUGUAGGUCCAGGGCCCUACAGCCCUCCCAUGCAGUAUAAAACGCUGGCCUUCCAGACAGACGUCCCAAAGAACUUCACCGUGAAGUUUGUGAUGAAGACUUCGGUCUUGCUGAGCUGGGAGUUCCCGGACAGCAAAUACCCCUACCGCUUCACGGUGGAAUACAGUCGCCAGAAAAUUGAUGUGGAUGCCAGGUUAAGGAAAGCUUUGUUGACAAACCUUCGGCCAAACACAACUUAUGACUUCAAGAUCACCAGCCCGGAGGGCAACAUGGGGGGGCUGCGUCAUCGCAUCCAUGCCAGGACCGCCCCCCAAAUUCUGAACAGAAAGCCUGAGCUGGACCAUAACCAUGACCUAGAGCCCACCCUUACCCUCAUCCUGCCCCCACUGGAAAAACGGGACAUAAUCAAGAACAUCUACGUGGUGGUAGUUCCUCUAAAGAAAGGAAGAGGGCUCAUCAGGCACAUCAAGAGCCCAGAGGAGAUUGACAUGGAAGAGCUCCUGAAGGACAGCAGCCCGAAGCACCGCUACGGCCGGACCUCGCGGCAGCGGAGGCAGGCGGACCCCCGGAAGCCGUACAUCGCCGCCAGCUUCAAGCCCUCCACCCUGCCCAGCUUCUUCACCCUGGGGAACCAGGCCGAGUACAACGGCUACGAGAACCGAGCCCUCGAACCCGGCCAGGAGUACGUCUUCUUCCUCCUGGCGGAGCUCAAUACCACCGCUGGGAAGAUGUACGUGGCCAGCCCCUACACGGACUCGGUCAUUGCCCCGGAUGUGGACCCAUUGCCCAUGGAUGGAGGCGACGGGCUUAUCUGGGUGGUGGGGCCUGUUCUUGCCGUGGUCUUCAUCAUCUGCAUUGUCAUCGCCAUUCUGCUGUACAAGAACUCUCGGAUUAUUCACGGAAGCAGCAAACCGGACAGCAGCAAACGGAAGGACGCAGAACCUCGCAACAAAUGCCCCCUGAACAACAUCGAGAUCGUGCCGCACCAUCCCACUGACCCCGUUGAGAUGAGGCGCAUCAACUUCCAGACCCCAGAUUCUGGUCUGAGCAGUCCUGUAAGCGAACCUGGUUUUGACAAUGAAAGUAUGAUGAAUCACCCUCCCAUCCCGAUUUCGGAGCUAGCCGAACACACCGAGCUGCUGAAGGCCAACGACAACCUCAAGCUUUCGCAGGAAUACGAGUCCAUCGAUCCUGGCCAGCAGUUCACCUGGGAGCAUUCCAACUUGGAGGUGAACAAACCCAAGAACCGCUACGCCAACGUCAUCGCCUACGACCAUUCCCGGGUUGUCCUCUCGCCUGUCGAAGGCUUCAUGGGCAGCGACUACAUCAACGCCAACUAUAUCGACGGCUACCGCAAGCAGAACGCGUACAUCGCCACGCAGGGCCCACUGCCCGAGACCUUCGGCGACUUCUGGAGGAUGGUCUGGGAGCAGAGGGCCGCCACCGUGGUCAUGAUGACCAGGCUGGAGGAGAAGUCCCGGGUGAAGUGUGACCAGUACUGGCCCAGCCGCGGCACGGAGACCUACGGCAUGACCCAGGUGACCCUGCUGGACACCAUCGAGCUGGCCACCUUCAGCGUGCGCACCUUCUCCCUGCACAAGAACGGCUCCAGUGAAAAGAGGGAGGUGCGGCAGUUCCAGUUCACCGCGUGGCCCGACCACGGCGUGCCGGAAUACCCCACCCCGUUCCUGGCCUUCCUGCGGAGAGUGAAGACGUGCAACCCCCCUGAUGCCGGCCCCAUCAUUACUCACUGCAGUGCCGGCGUGGGCCGCACGGGCUGCUUCAUCGUGAUCGACGCCAUGCUGGAGCGCAUCAAGCACGAGAAGACGGUGGACAUCUACGGCCACGUGACGCUGAUGCGCUCGCAGCGGAACUACAUGGUGCAGACGGAGGACCAGUACAGCUUCAUCCACGACGCGCUGCUGGAGGCGGUGGCCUGCGGCAACACGGAGGUGGCCGCCCGCAGCCUCUACUCCUACAUCCAGAAGCUGGCGCAGGUGGAGAGCAGCGAGCACGUCACCGACAUGGAGCUGGAGUUCAAGCGCCUGGCCAACUCAAAGGCCCACACGUCCAGGUUCAUCAGCGCCAACCUCCCCUGCAACAAGUUCAAGAACCGCCUGGUGAACAUCAUGCCGUAUGAGACCACCCGCGUGUGCCUGCAGCCCAUCCGGGGACUGGAGGGCUCGGACUACAUCAACGGCAGCUUCAUCGACGGUUACAGGCAGCAGAAGGCUUACAUCGCCACACAGGGUCCACUGGCGGAGACCACGGAGGACUUCUGGAGGAUGCUCUGGGAAAACAACUCCACUAUUGUGGUGAUGCUGACCAAGCUGAGGGAGAUGGGCAGAGAAAAGUGCCAUCAGUACUGGCCAGCUGAACGGUCUGCCCGGUACCAGUACUUUGUGGUGGACCCUAUGGCAGAGUACAACAUGCCCCAGUACAUCCUGAGAGAGUUCAAGGUUACAGAUGCCAGGGAUGGUCAGUCCAGGACAGUGAGACAGUUCCAGUUCACGGAUUGGCCGGAGCAGGGCGUGCCCAAAUCCGGUGAGGGCUUCAUUGACUUCAUCGGGCAGGUGCACAAAACGAAGGAACAGUUUGGCCAGGACGGACCCAUCUCUGUGCACUGCAGUGCGGGCGUGGGGAGGACCGGGGUGUUCAUCACUCUCAGCAUCGUACUGGAGAGGAUGCGCUACGAGGGGGUGGUCGACAUCUUCCAGACCGUCAAGAUGCUGCGAACACAGAGGCCGGCCAUGGUGCAGACUGAGGAUGAAUACCAGUUUUGUUACCAGGCAGCUCUGGAAUACCUAGGAAGCUUUGACCACUAUGCAACAUAAAUAUAAGCAUCUCAUCACUGAUUCCAUUAUCCCCCAGUCUUCUGAGCCAUGGGAACCUGCUUGAAUUUUUUGAUGACAACAACCUAAACCGAAUGAAAACUUGAACUCAAUUAGUAAAAAAAAAAAAACACAACAUCAAUCAAGAACACAUUCUGUCUGGACUCACAGCACACUGAAUGGAUUGUGGGAAGGUAUUACAGUGGAAACAGAGAAUAUACAUGCCUUCUCAGGACCUGUCUCGUAAAGGAACCAAAAAGUGGCUCAAGCUGUAAGGAGGAAACUAUUAAGUGUUGGACUGCUAACCUGACCUCAAGUCAAGUGCCCAGAUGCAGAAGAUAUACAGUGUUUUGUGAACAUCUGCUGAAAAAAAUAUAAAGAAAGCAAACGUGAUAUUUAAAAACAACGGAAAAACAAGCAAGGCUGUCUUAAAGGACUAAAAUACAAAAUGGUUGUGGGAAGCUGGAAAUGAAAUAUGGAGGUAGUGUUUCUUUACUAGAUCAGAGGAUUUUUCCAGGUUUUGUGGCAUACUGAAGCUAUCUGGGAUGUGUGCCCUUCAAUGUAGCCACUGUGGGCACACAGUUCUGGUCACAAAGGCUGACAGAAGAGUCCACAAUCCUUUUCAGAAGUGAGCCGCUGUCACCUUAGCAAAUCCAAACCUUGUGACACUACAAAGGGCCUCUGCAUCACUGGGGGAGCAGUCCCAUUUCACAGAGCCAAGAGGUGUGCUUUGGGCCAGUGGAGAAAAAAAAACUUUUGUCUUAAACAAGGAAGAGAAGUGUCGAAGCCUGAUUCAUUUACUCAAAACUCCAUGCCAAUUGUGUCACUCCAGUUUCGCUUUUAUGGAUGAGUUCUGAACUUUAAGGCCGCUCGUUUACAGGAACCAGAGAGAAAAGCACAGCUGUUGGCUUGUUGAAAACAAACCCAAAAUCCAACUUGCAACUUGAGUCAUGACACUUUCUCAUUCCUUAGCAACAUUAGCCAACAACUGAGUUGUUGGCAGUGGUUUGUGUAGAUGUGGCAUCAUUCCAUGGUUGACAAAGCUUGAGAGAUCAUAAUCAUGUUUUUUAUGAUGCUGUUUUUAGUAUGAUUUACCUUUUGUGCCACUGGUAUGUGAUCUGGUGUGUAGUGGAGUAUCAGGGUGACUGCAAGACUGUAGUAGCGAAGAGGACAAUAGGACAUUGGAAUGGUGUGGACUGGGAGCAAGCUCUAAAUCCCGGUCUUCACAAAUAUGCCCAUGAUAGCCAGCACCCUUUGCAAACGUGUUACCGUGAUAGUCAUUAUGAUGAAUAUUAUCAUUUACUUUCAUUUUAAUUGUGUCUAUACCAAACAUGCUGCUUUAUAGUUUACUGUAAUGCAGCACUGCACUGGUACGUGACCAUGGGGAAAUGUGACGGUCUGCACUUAGACUGUAUGAACUAUGUAUGAACACUGUCCAGGUCGUCAGUGAUUAACAGAGGCGUCUUUGUGUGGGUUGAGAGUUUGAGCUGAGCGGCUCCUUCGCAUCUCGGCCCUGCCAACCUAGACCUCUCCAUUUUAAAAUUUCAGAGACUGUUGGCAUAAUAGGUGUUCUAACACCUGUUCUAUCUGUACUUUUGGAAGAAAAAAAAGCUUGAAAGGACCACAACGAUCAUGUUUGACUGCUCUCUGUCCUGAUGGGAGCUUCUCUGUGGUCGGGCAGCGCAAGGUCCUCCACCCAUAAAUGGAUCCAUGAUCUGAAAGCACAAGGUUGUUCACCCAUGGAUGGAUUGAUAGAUUCUCAGCACAAGGUCCUCCACCCACAGAUGGAUCCCACAAUAGGCAGCACAAGGCCCGUCGCCCAUAGAAAUAUCUAUGAUCUGGAAGCACAGCAUCACCCACAAACAGAUCUACGGUUUGGCAGCACAAGGUUGUUAACCCACGGAAAUAUCUAUGAUCUGGUAGUACAACAUUGUCCUACAAACAGUUCUAUGAUUCGGCAGCACAAGGUCUUUCACCCACAGACAGAUCUAUGAUCUAGAAGCACAGCAUUACCCACAAACAGAUCCAUGAUUUGGCAGCACAAGGUCUUUCACCCACAGGCAAAUCUACAAUCUGGAAGCACAGCAUUCCCAAACAGAUCCACAAUUCGGCAGCACAAGGUCUUUCAACCACAGACAGAUCUACAAUCUAGAAGCACAGCAUCACCCACAAACAAAUCUACGAUUUGGCAGCACAAAGUCUUUCACCCACAGAAAGAUCCACAAUCUGGAAGCACAACAUUCACAAAUAGAUCCACAAUUCGGCAGCACAAGGCCUUUCGCCCACAGACAGAUCCACGAUUUGGAAGCACAUCACCGCCCACAAACAGAUCCACAAUACGGCAGCACAAGACCUUUCACCCCCUUUUUUUAAUGGUCAGUUCUGGCACAAAUACACGCAGUGAUCCUCGGGACCUAUUGCGAAAACUGACAUGAAAAGACAUAAAACAACACGAGGAACCCAUCCAAUUACCUCUUUCAGCUGGACGGUCAUGGCAUUGCGUUCAUUUGUUCUGUCUGCUGAAACCGCCUACAGUGGGGCUGAUCCUCCCAGUUGGGAAAGUGGACAUGCGUGACUUGCAGUGGUGACCGUGAAUUCACGAAGACUGCCGACCUACAAAAGAACAUUCUUCCAGGCAUCAGAACGAAUGUGUGUGUACACUUUCUGAUGUCUGCUUUACUCAUAAACUGAAUACCUAACCCCCAAAAAAGUUUCCCUGGGGGGGUCAGUGCUUUUGUGUGAUGAACAGAUAUUAAUAGGUAUGUACACUAACAGUCAUAAAUGGAGCUGUGAUUAGUCUCUUUCUUAUUUCCAAAAAAGCCUUAUUGUUAUUGUUAACAUGAAACAUUAAAGUUGUCUUAUUUUUGUUGUUGUUUAACCUUGCUCAGCUGACGUUUUUUUUACAGAAAUAUUGUUUGCAUUUUGUACAUCAGCACGAUAAAUGCUUAUUUGUUCAUAUUAUUUUAAAAGCCAUUCUAUUUUUCCAGUGUAGAGGUUAGUGUAAUGUGUGUUUGUGUAUGUAUAUAUAUACAUAUAUUUGUAUAAAUAUAUAUGCUCCUACAUACAACAUAUAUUUAAAGUCGGAAUAUAGAUCUAUAUCAUCCAGAAUGUUACUAUAUAUUUGGCUUAUAUUUUUAUGUUUUGUACCACUCAUAAACUUUGAACUGAUCAUGUACAAAAUAUUUCUUCUUUUUUUUUUUUUUAGCUAUUUCUUUUCAUAACCUUGGGAAAUAUCGUGCGUUUCUUUGGAAACGAUGAAGGGAGGUGUCUGGCCAAGUGCCAUUGCAACCCUUUUUAAUUCCUACCACUAGGUAGAACUGCCGAUUGUGAAGGGAGAGUUGUAAUAAUUAUUGUUAAUAUUAUUAUUGAUAGUAGUGAUAGUGUUGGUACACCUGUCAUUUUUAAAGUUCUAGAUUAACUGAUCUACUAAACAUUGAAUUUCAUUAAUAAUUAGAGUAUUAUCAAUGAUGUAUUUGAUAGACUAAUUCUACUGUACAAGGUGAAUAUUCAUAGUGCAGUGUUUUUUUUUUCUUUUUUCUUUUUUUAGCCCUACUUUGAAGUUUGUUUUUAUAUUUCAUUUCAUUUCUACUUUUUUAUUAUUUGUCUGUACUAACAUAAACCAUUUGUUUUAUAACAAUGACCCUGGAUAGAAUGUGUAUAAAUAAACAAAUACUGUUUUUUUUAAUCUCUUGGACUUGACAGUUUGUUUUGAAAUACGAAAUAUAACUAUCAGCUGCUAUCUGUGAACCUGCUGGUGUUCUUCAGAAGCCUCUCACCUUAAGCUAAAUUGGUUUUAUAAUUUUUUUUUCAUUUCUUUUCUGAACCAACUGGUUCCCUUGCUGUGCUUACCCCCGACAUAAUGUGCUACAUUGUGAUGGAAGCUGAAGAAAGCCCCAGGUGGUGAAUGGUAAAACAGGCCACACUGAGGGCCACGUCACAGAUUGCGCCGGACAUAACCACAGUGAUUUCACCGGUAAAUGUCUUCUCUUCGUCAGUACACCUUAGAGAUGAAGGUGUGGGGAGCUGGUUCUCCCACUGCCCAGGCCAGGUUCAGGCUAGAUAAUUUCAGAUCUUUAUUCUGCCCCCACCCCCACCCCACCCUGAAGUCUGAAAGGCAAUUCCACGUGAAUUAGAAGGGCUAUGUGCAGAGUGCCUGAGAAGCCACGGUGUACCACAGUCCACUGCGGCUGGCAGCAUUGCCUGGAUUAAAUGUUUGCUCAGUUAAAGUGCUGCAGGAUUUGUUUAGCCUGGAAUACAAAGGGUUGCAUUGUAUGCCUCUGUUCUCAUCACUGCCUAUGAUAAACUGUGUUUGUGUUGUAUGGCAUUGUUAGAAUAUUUUUAUAGUGUAUCAGACCCCCUUUAUACUUUCAAGGAUGCAGAAUCGAUUCAAAAUUGAUUUAAUUUCAAGCAGACAAGAACCAUGCUAGACAAUGAAAAAAGUACAGUGCCAGAUAUACAAAAACAGAAACGAAUGUCUCUGCAUUGCUAGAGGUUCUUUGAGUGGUUAGGUGUGCUGGAAUUUUGACAUUCUGAGAACAUGAUUUUUAUUUUUAACUGACAUUAAAAUUUAAGAGAUUCCCUCAGAAUUCAAGACCAUGUUCCGUUAGUUCAAAAUCUUGUGAAGUUUCCCAAGAGUAACAAUGGAAGGUCCAAAAUAAAAUGAAAAAUUAAAAGAAUCAGCCAAUGACAGGUGUGCACAUGAAAAUGUUUUUCUUUGUAUGUGGGCCAAGUGCUAUCGCCUUCAAAUUGUUACUUCUAACAAACAGUAAUUGGUUGAAAAACACCAUGUAAUUAGAUAUGUUGACUUUGUAUUAAAGAAAAGGUUGUCUGAA